UUGGGCGAGCGGGCCUUUGGCACGCUGCCGUCGCUACGUCGCCUGUCGCUGCGCCACAACAACCUGUCGUUCAUCACACCCGGCGCCUUCAAGGGCCUGCCGCGGUUGACCGAGCUGCGCCUGGCACACAAUGGCGACCUCCGCUACCUGCACGCCCGCACCUUCGCUGCGCUUGGCCGCCUGCGCCGCCUCGACCUGGCCGCCUGCCGCCUCUUCAGCGUACCCGAGCGCCUCCUGGCUGAGCUGCCCGCCCUGAGGGAGCUCGCCGCCUUCGACAACCUGUUCCGCCGCGUUCCUGGCGCAUUGCGCGGCCUGGCCAACCUGACGCACGCACACCUGGAGCGUGGCCGUAUUGAGGCUGUGGCCUCCAGUUCGCUGCAGGGCCUGCAGCGCCUGCGCUCCCUCAGCUUGCAGGCCAACCACGUCCGCACGGUGCACGCCAGCGCCUUCCGCGACUGCGGCGCCCUGGAGCACUUGCUGCUCAACGACAACCUGCUGGCAGUGCUGCCCGCCGACGCCUUCCGCGGUCUACACCACUUGCGCACGCUCAACUUGGGCGGCAACGCUCUGGAGCGCGUGGCGCGCGCCUGGUUCGCGGACUUGGGGGAGCUCGAACUGCUCUACCUAGACCGCAACAGCAUCGCCUUUGUGGAGGAGGGCGCUUUCCAGAACCUCUCAGGCCUUCUGGCUCUGCACCUCAACAGCAACCGCCUCACUGCACUCUCCUGGGCCGCCUUCCAGCCUGGGUUUUUUCUGGGCCGCCUCUUCCUUUUUCGUAACCUGUGGCGCUGCGACUGCAGUCUGGAGUGGCUGCGGGACUGGAUGGAGAGCUCUGGGCACAUGGCUGACUUGCCAUGCGCCGCCCCGGGCUCCGUGGUGGGCCUAGAUCUCAGCGAGGUGGCCUUUGGGCGCACCCUCGAUGGCCACUGUGUGGACCCGGAAGAGCUGAACCUCACUGCGUCCAGUCCAGGCCCAUCCACAGAGCUAGUGGUCACCACCAUAAGCAAAUUCAGCACUCUCCUCUACAAGCUGCUGGCCCCAAGGACCUCAGUGGAGGAGGUGGCCAAUACCACAGAGGUGCUGGCCAACACCUCAUUGUCCAGCAGCCUUCCCUCCCAUGGGGUGGGAUGCUUGGGAUGCAAGACCACGAUUCUCCUCAGCUCUUGUUUCCUGCUCAGUGUGGCCCAGCACAUGGUGUUUGGCCUGCAUAUGGACCGACCCUGA